CAUAUGACUUGAUACUGAUCGUACAAGUAACAACAGAUCACAAUGGAAUCAUUUUCUUAAGUUGACUUGAGUUCAGUCAUUCAUAUGUUUAUUCAACUAAAACUUGUAAAGACUAUUUCUUUAAUUAGUUUAAUAAUAUUUAAACUCUUUUUUCGCGCCAUAAUUUUCCAGAUCUGAUCUAGAAAGAAGAAAGGUUUAAUUUUUAAUUAGGAACAAAUCAGAAUAAGCUUCUGGGCAUUUCAGUUUCCAUUUUAUCUUCAAUCCAAACUAACCUUUUUUCUUUUUUAAAAGGUUUUGAAUUUUGAUGGAAGUAAGGGAAAAAAGCUUAAAACCAGACAACAAUGGAGAAUCAAUUGUAGUUGAUAUUCCAAGUGUAGAACCUAAAGGGGCAAAAGGGUCUUCUUCAAAAGUCUCAGAAUUACCAAAGAAAGCAUCUUUUAUGAAUUCACCGGAGAUUCCAGGGUUCCGGCCUCCUCCGGCGACUCCUGCUUCGCCGAAGAUAAAACCAGAAUCAAUUCUAGAAGCUGAAGGGGCAAAAGGGUCUUUUUCAAAAGUCUCAGAAUUACCAAAGAAAGCAUCUUUUAUGGAUUGGCCGGAGAUUUCAGGGUUCCGGCCAAGCCCCAAUAAAUCUCCAACGACCCCUUCUUCGCCGGAGAUAAAACCAGAUAACAAUGGAGAAUCAUUUGUAAUCAAUGUAGAACAAGCUCCACAAGAGACUCUUACUCGCAGGAAAACCCUUAAAGUGGUUGAAGAAGAGCACACUUCACCAAGCCUUGAUGACUUUGAGGAGAUUUAUAAAAAAGUUGAGUUGAAGAAAGUGAAGAGAAAGAAAUUGAAGACAAAAGUUUUGGUUGAGUGGGUUUUGUUUGUGAUCUUAGUUAGUUGUUUGGUUUGUAGUUUGACUAUUAAGAAAUUAGAGAAAACAAUCAUUUGGGGUUUGGAGUUAUGGAGAUGGUUUGUUCUAAUUAUGGUCAUUUUUUGUGGUUUGUUAGUGACUAAUUGGUUUAUGCAUGUAAUAGUUUUCUUCAUUGAGGCAAAUUUUUUGCUUAGAAAGAAAGUUCUUUACUUUGUUUAUGGGCUAAAGAAGAGUGUUCAAGUCUUUAUUUGGUUGUGUUUUGUUCUUCUAACUUGGGUAUUUGUCUUUAACCAUAGUGGUGUUUCAAGGUCUAAAACAGCUACCAAAAUUCUAGAGUACAUAACUUUGACUCUUGCAACUUUUCUCAUUGGGGCAUUUUUGUUUCUAAAGACUUUAGGGUUAAAAAUCUUGGCUUCAAGUUUUCAUGUCAACACAUUCUUUGAUAGGAUUCAAGAAUCAAUUUUUCAUCAGUAUGUGUUUCAAACCCUUUCAGGGCCUCCACUCAUUGAGGAGGCUCAGAGGGUUAGGAGGUCACCGAGCAUGGGGCGACAAUCUAGUUUUACAAGUACAAAAAAGGGAGACAUGGAUGAAGAAACACAAGUUAUUGAUAUGCCUCAACUUUAUAAGAUGAAACAAGAGAAGGUUUCAGCUUGGUCUAUGAAGGCUUUAAUCAAUGUUGUUUCGAGUUCGGGGCUUUCGAGCAUUUCUUAUCCGUUGGAUGAGAUGGAAAAUGUUGGUAAAGAACAUGAUAAGGAGAUUACUAAUGAGAUGGAGGCAACUGCUGCUGCUUAUCACAUUUUCAGAAAUGUUGCUCGGCCUGGUUCCAAGUACAUUGAUGAGGAUGAUCUCAUGAGAUUCAUGAUUAGGGAAGAAGUGGAUCUUGUUCUUCCUCUGAUUGGGACAGAGAAUGGUCGAAUUGAUCGAAAAGCUCUCACUGAUUGGGUGGUGAAGAUCUACAAUGGCAGAAAAUCAUUAGGACAUACUCUAACUGACACUAAAACAGCAGUUAGUCAAGUGGACAAACUUGUGACAGUUAUUCUGGUUGUAGUGACUAUUGUAGUAUGGCUUAUACUCAUCAAAAUUGAUACCACAAAAGUACUAGUUUUUUUCUCAUCUCAGAUUGUAGUGGCAGUUUUUGUGUUUGGUAAAGACAUUGUCUUUGUGUUCAUAAGGCAUCCUUUCGACGUCGGAGAUCGUUGUGUCAUUGAUGGCGUUACGUUGGUAGUUGAAGAGAUGAACAUCUUAACAACUGUGUUCUUGAAACUCAACAAUGAAAAGGUAUUCUAUCCAAACUCAGUCUUGUCUACAAAACCCAUCAGCAACUACUACAGAAGUCCAGAUAUGGGUGAUUCUGUCGAGUUUUCGAUCGAUUUCAAUACAUCUCUCGAAAAGAUAGCACAACUCAAACAAAAAAUCAAGAAGUACAUAGAAAAGACUCCAUCACAUUGGGGUCCUACUCACAGUGUGGUGGUGCUUGACAUUGAGGAUGUGAACAAGUUAAAAAUGGCUCUUAAUAUUACUCACACCAUGAAUUUUCAAGACUUCAAUGAAAAGAAUCGACGGCGGUCUGAAUUGGUUAUUGAGAUUAAAAAGAUUUUCGAAGAGUUGGGUAUAAAAUGUUGUGUUCAACCUGAAACGGUUCAUGUCAAACCCAUUGGCUUGGACUCAAAUGUAGCUGAACACGAGAAUUGUGUGGUUAACUAAUCGCCAAUUACUUUUAUUUGAGAUGGCUCUCAUUUAGUAUAACUCACUUGCUAUGUAUGUUCACAUUGUGUGAUUUAUAUGUACACAUAUCAUUAUUCGUUAUGUUUUGUUAAAUUUAAUUUUAAAUUUUAUA